AUGGGUACCAGCACGGGUCAGAGGCCUCUCUCCGAGGUCAGCCCCAUGGCGCAGAGACGCAACUCCCCGAUCUGGAACCAGGCCUCAAGGGUCUCUAAGAAUCAAGACUCCUCCCCAUAUGAGGGUCAAGCUUCAUCGCGACUCUUCUGGCAAGGGCGCGACUCUGGGUCUCCGUUCCAGAGGAGCCAGGAAAACCAGGCGCCUUAUGACCCCAACUCUUCAUAUUCGCCAUCAAAGCGCGCAUCUCUGGAAAAUCUCAAGCGCCAGUCGCGUGUUCGCAACAGUAACAUGCUGCGCGAUUACAACGAGUAUGAUCCAGCCCAUGUUUACGUGCCUCAGCGCCCACUCGCCACACACCGACCGCCGAAGGAGGCCCCUGCGUCUCAGACAUCCAGCCGUCCGGAGAUCGGUCCCCGACCCCCGUCCCCGAGCAAAGACCAGGUCCCUCCCGCCAAAUCCUCUCUGUCUCGCGCAAGCCGGUUUGGAACCAAGGAUUCUGGGUUCAACCCGGAGAGCGAGAUCUGGGCCGAUUAUGAUAGCCGACACCCCAAGAGUGUCACCUUCGAUGCUGCUCCACCGCAAGUCAACGAGUAUGAAAUGACCACUCCGGACCCGUCUUCGAUUGCCUCAGGAUCCCGCGACGGCAGCUAUGACUCUGAGGAGGACGAGGGCGACGUGAGUUUCGACCAUGACUUCUCCAUGGACCGGGACGACAGUUUCGACGCGUCCUUGGAAGAUCUGGAAAAGACUCCCGUAGUCCUACCCGAAGACUGGCGUUAUAUGAGCCCCUCCAACGCCAACGAUGACCUCGUGAAAGAGGACGAGGAUCCGUUCACAGAGGAUGAGGACCGUAGUCAUGGCCCCCGACCUUCCUCUCGCCAGGAAGGCCAACCAACCCAUUCGCAGGUUGAUGCAAUGGACUCGAAUGAGGAGCGUCGCCCUCUUCCACCGCUCCCGGCUACAGGGCGUACGUCUCCGGCUAAGUUCACUACGGCAUUCGAACUGGGAAGCGCUCGUCAACGGACCUUACCCUCCCCCCCCGGUCCGUCUCAGUACAGCAAAUCGGACAUCACUGAACGCCCUCACUCUGCCAUGUCCUUGGAAGACAGAUUACGCCUCAUGAUGAUCAAUGAGAAGAAGGACCAUGUCAAUAUCGAGCCCACAGCGCCUGAAAGUGCACAUGGAAAGGCGUCUGCUGGAUCGCCGGAUAACAACGAAACCGGAGCCAACAGCAACAAGCAUGAUCAGCAAGAGAAGAAGACCGAGGCUGCCGAAGAUUCCACUGAGGCCUUCUCUGCUCCUCGCAUUUCCAGAGAUUCCAUUCUGCGCGACCUGCGUAAAAGCGAGAGCUUUCAAGAUGACUCGUUUGAGGAAUACUCCUCACAGACAAGCGCCAGCCCCAAGCACUAUGGGCAGUACGAUCCAGAUGUUCCUAUUCCCUCUCUCGAGGACGAUGACGAAGUUCAUGACGACGAUGACGACGACGACGACGACGACACAAGCAGUGUUGUGAUCAAGCAGGAAGCGCAUGAUGAUGACCUUUAUGACAUUCCCUCUUACUAUGGGACCGCUCCUUCGAAUGAGUCUUCCUACAAGAGCCUGCAAAAUCAGCUGGCGAGUGAUGGAAGCAGCCAGUACUCGCAGCAUCCCAAUGGUGAUGCUCAUAAGGGGAGCUCCCAUUCCCAGUCCCCGGACGGUCAGGAGACCCCGGUUCCUGAGAGCCAACCUACAUAUAGUAGUGUUAAUGAUGCUCACGACAAGGAGGGUCCCAGGGCCCACUCUCCUCUUAGAAUGGAAGCGAUAAGGCAAUCACUGCAUCGUCCAUUCACUCCCGACAACCAAGACCAGAUUUCUGAGCCUUCAACCCCAGAAUCAGUCAUCAGACAUCCGAUGGAAGACGAGUACAGUGAUCGUGAACUAACCCCCGAAGAAAGCGUCCCCGAUCCAGUUGCGACGGUCAAGGCCCCCGGUGGCUCCCUCAAGACGCGCCCGUCCCUCACUCCUGCUGAUAUGGAAACCAUGGCUGCCACUCGCCGCAAGAUCAGCGGCCAACAGCCUCCGCCAGUGCCUCUUCUACCCAAGCAGGAGCCCAAUGCAUCUGAGGAGCCCGCCCCCGACGAACCCGCCCCCCAGGCCACAAAAGAACCUGCACAGCGCCAAACUAGUCUCGUGAAGCUCGAUAUUCCCUUCAGUAUUCAGGAAGAAAGUCUUGGGUUCGGUCUAGAUAAGGAGUUUGAUCGAGUCAUCGAGUCCCAAAAGGUUGCGUUUCAAAUCUCCCUUUCUCAAUUGUACACUGGCACCCGACCAGUCCCAUCAGCCCAGGAUCCCUGCAAACAUAGUCUCGAGCCGUCGGCUAACCAGAACUCCAACCAACAGCGAGGUUACCUCAUGAGACAAAACACAAAGGUCAUCAUUGCAAGCAGCCGCAAUGACGACGAGGCUCCCUCUGGCCCCAGCGAUGCACCUCCAAGCCCGCAAGGAAAGAAACCGGCUCCGACCCCACGUAAGGCGAGCCAGCAAACCUGGACUACUGAGCCAUGGAAUGGUAAGACGCGUCGUUCCAGUAUCAGGGCUGCCAGCGGUGCGAUCCGAAAGAAGCCCGUGUCCGGACCUGUGCCCCCUCUUCCCGGACAGCAAAGCAACGUCCAGGAAGGACCGGCGACGAUCGAAGAAACCGAACCGGCGGUGAAUGGCGCUUUGGAGGAAGGCGAAGAGCGUGGGCGUCUUUUCGUAAAGGUCGUCGGCAUGAAGUAUUUGGACCUGCCUCUCCCGCGAGGUGAACGCUCCUACUUCGCCCUCACUCUCGACAACGGCCUUCAUUGUGUCACUACGGCAUGGCUUGAGUUGGGCAAAACGGCUCCCAUCGGACAGGAAUUCGAGCUUAUCGUGCAAAACGAUCUGGAGUUCCAGUUAACGUUGCAGAUGAAGGUGGAUGAUGAGAAGCUCCGUCCUCCGGAGACUGCACCAUCGUCAUCCCCCACUCGCCAGAAGGCUUCUACCUUCAGCCGAGUGUUUGCUUCUCCCCGCAAGCGCAAGGAGUUGGAGAUGAAGCAGCAACUUGCCUCUCAGCAGCAGAAGAGCCGAGAUGUCAAUGCUCCUGUCUGGGAACGCCUGCGGUCAUUGAUUGCUCGGGAUGGAAGCUUUGCCCGGGCUUACGUGGCUUUGAGUGAUCAUGAGAAAUAUGCAUAUGGUCGGCCUUACACGGUCGAUAUCGCUUGCUUCAACGAAUGGGCCGUUGAAGAGCAGCCCAACAGCGUCAAGAGUAAGAAGAGCACUGCGUCUACCUCUCAGCGCCGGCCGCCCUACAAAAUUGGCAAGCUCGAGCUGCAGCUUCUGUUUGUCCCUAAGCCAAAGGGCGCCAAGGACGAUGACAUGCCCAAGAGUAUGAACGCGUGUAUUCGGGAAAUGCGCGAGGCCGAGACUGUGGCAUCCCGCAGUUGGGAAGGCUUCCUCUCUCAGCAGGGGGGUGACUGCCCGUUCUGGCGUCGCCGCUUCUUCAAGCUCCAGGGCUCUAAGCUCACAGCCUUCCAUGAAACAACUCGCCAACCGCGUGCCACUAUCAACUUGUCAAAGGCCGUUAAGCUGAUUGACGAUCGCUCAUCUCUCACUCAGAAGGAGACCACUACCAGAGGUGGUGGCCGACGAAAGUCCGCCUUCGCCGAAGAGGAGGAGGGCUACAUGUUCGUCGAAGAAGGUUUCCGUAUUCGCUUCGGAAAUGGCGAGGUUAUUGAUUUCUACGCGGAUAGCAGAGCCGACAAGGAAGGCUGGCUGACCGUGCUGGCCGAUGCUGUCGGCAAGUCUUCCGGAGGUGGUCAAGUUAAACCAUGGACGGAGCUGGUGCUCAAGCGCGAACGCAGCAUGAAAGCGCCCCGGAGACAAACCAUGGAGCGGCCGUCGACAAUGGGCGCUCCUCCCCCGCCUGCGAAGGACACUGCCCCUCCGCUGGCGGGCCCACCGUCGCCCACGCGGCCCAGGCACAGACAUACUCAAUCCCAACCUGAAGUUCGCGGUGCGGAUGCUCGGCGCCAGAAGGUUCGCUCCAUGAUGUUCUAA